AUGAAUUCAUCAAGCAGUUACCUUAGGACAUCCAGCUCUUAUAUUUGGACUUCGACCAGCGAUAUUAGAACAUCAAGCAGUGAGUCUAGGAUAUCAAGCAGUGAGAUCAGUGCGUCAAGCAAUGAGUCUAAAUCACCACUGAACAGUGAACCCAAAGUUUCUUCCAAGGAUAUAGAGGAUCCAACUGCAAAGGCAGUCGGGAAUUUCGGAAAGUGGCAAUUACGUGUCAGUGUAAUUAUGUCUCUUCUAAAACUGCCCACAGCUUGGUAUCAAUUAAAUAUAAUUUUUAUGGCUCCUCCUCAAGAUUUUUGGUGUAAAAAACCUACUUCUUUCUUUAAGUAUUCGGAGUCAGAGUGGAGGAAAAUAUGCGCACCUGGAUAUGGAGCUGAGAAAGAAGCAGCGAUUGACUAUAUUUCCGAUGAAGAUGAUAAUUUAGACAGAAUAAGCGAAUUGGAGUCGGAAGAAGAUGCUGACGAUGAAGAAUUCAAACGACCAGAAGAAGCAGAAUCUGAAAACUCAGAUUUAGAGGAAGUAGUUCCUGAAAAAAGCCAAAGACGUGAAAGAGAUCAAUUACUCGUAGUGCUGGCCGUUCAAAUCGAGGUCGAAGGCCAAGCAUCGUUUGUGGUAAAGAUGGGCUUAAAUGGUAUACAACACCACGUGAACGAUCUUUGGAUCGACGAAAUCCUCCGACAUCGUACUUGCCAAGCCCAGUUAGAGCAGUAA